CUCCCUCCCGGCCGCGUGUUCUUGGGGCGCGGGCGGAGGAGGGCCGCCGGCCGCUGUGGGCGCGGGGGGUGGGGGGUGGCCAAGAGCGACGGGACUCGCCUCUGGAGGGCCGGGCCGAUUCCCCGCGUGAAGCCAUCCGGGUGACCGUGGGCCUGCCUCUCCCGGAUGUCGCUGCUCUCCAACAUACACGUGGGCCUCCCUUGGCCAGCCUCUGCUCACCGAGUGGCACUCAUCUGUGGCUCCUACUGCUAUUACCACUACGGCUGCGACGGCAUGGAUGAUCGUGGCUGGGGCUGCGGCUACCGUACGCUCCAGACAAUAUGCUCCUGGCUAGUGGAGGCUGGCAUGGGAGGGGCUGUAUCCCGCCCUGUCCCUUCCCUGAGGGAGAUCCAGCAUGCCCUGGUAGCCAUGGGGGACAAACCUCCGUCGUUUUCUGGCUCCCGGGAGUGGAUUGGCACUGUGGAAGCAGCCCUGUGCAUGGACCACUUUUAUUCUGUGCCGGGCAAACUGGUGCACAUUUGCCAUGGCAGAGACUUGGAAAAGGAACUCGAGUCCUUGUAUGCCCACUUUCAGGGAGGUGGGGGCCCAAUUAUGGUGGGAGGAGACAGAGACCACUCUGCUAAGGCGCUGCUCGGAGUUUCCUCCGGCCCCAAAGGACACCAACUCCUGGUUCUUGAUCCUCACUAUUAUGGGACACCGGGGUCCCUUAAGCGGGAUGAACUGCAAAACAUGGGGUGGGUCUGUUGGAGGGAGCUUAGUUUCUUUGAAGAUAGUUCCUUCUACAAUCUAUGCUUUCCCCAAGCUAAGGCAGGAGGGCACCUGGGUUGAAAUGGGCGAAGGCAGGAGUGUGCUUUGUGGAUAGGUGGCAGUUUUGGACCAGGUGAUGCCUUGGAAAGGAGCCCUUGGGUCCCUUGCAGAGGGCGUUCCCCACUGGAUUUCUGAGGCUUGCCUAAGCAAUGGUGAACGAGUAAUAAAACUGCCAUUACAGAAA